AUGGCGCGGAGGGGGCGGGCGGAGGUCGGAGGGGGAGGACGGCGCGGGAGCCGCCUCCGCCGGGCAGCUGCAGUCCCCCCUGGGCGAGCGGCGGUGCGGAGCUCCGACGGCUGCAGAGGCUGGACAGCUCCUGAGCGGCCCGGCUGGCUCCAGCGGCGUCAGUUCAGCGCCGGGACUCGGCGGACAGCUCCCUCCCCCGCCCCGCCCCGCCCCGCCCGGCUGCAGCGGGAGGGCAGAGCCGCGCGGGGACUUGGGGAUCGGGCGCAGCGGCGGCGGCAGCGGCAGCAGCGCUCUGAGCGGCGCCGAGGGCAGCAAGACGGACGCGCGGCGGGGAGCAGCCUCCUCUCGGGGAACCUACUCGGCGGCGGCGGCGGAGGAGAAGGAGGCGAAGGAGGCAUGGGCCGGCUGCUGCUGCUGCCGCCGCCCCCGGGGCGCCGGGCCCGAGUCCCCGCAGGGCUGCUCCUUCUGCUCGGUGAGCGCUGCCUUCCCCGGACGGGGCUUUCUGCCCAGCCCCCCCUGCCCCUGUUUGGCGCAGCUGGGGAGCCGCUGGCUGCGAGGGCGGCGGGGGGGAGCGGACCGUGGAGAGGCUGGCCGGGGGGCCGGGCUGGGCGUCGGGGAAAGCCUUCCGCCCCCUGCCCAGCUCAGCCCAGCGGCGUGGUGCUUCUGCUCCCGGCAGGGGCGGCGCUGUCGGGGGGCGGCGCGGCGGCGCAAGAAGUGGAGAACCUGUCGGGCCUCUCGCCCAACCCGGAGAAGGUCAUCUUCGCCGUGCGCCAGAACGAGACCACCUGCCUCAUGGCCGAGUUCGCCGCCCGCUUCCUCGUCCCCUACGACGUCUGGGCCAGCAACUUCGUCGACCUGAUCACGGAGCAGGCGUCCAUCCCGCUGUCCCGCGGCGCCGAGGAGCAGGGGCGGUGCGGCGCCAACGAGUCGGAGCUGCAGAUCUCCUGGGCCCAGCGCGCCUUCUCCCUUCGCCUCUCCUUCGUCAAGGAGGGGCGCAACAGCAGCCGGGGGGCGGAGGCCUGGUGGAAGAUGAACCGAGUCCAGUUCAUCUACGACAGCUCCGAGCGCACCUACUUCAAGGACCCCGUCAACCCUGGGAAGCACACCGCCACCACCCGCCACCUUUCUGCUUUGGUCACCCCUGCCGGGAAGUCCUACGAAUGCCAGGCUCAGCAGACCAUCACCAUGACGUCCAGCGACCACCAAAAACCAGUCGUCCUCCUGCUGUCGGAGCUCCGCCUCCAGCCCUUCGAUAUCAGCUCGGAUUUCGAAUACGGGGAAGAGCAUAAAUGCCCCGUGGACCAAAGGGAACAACUAGAAGAAACCCUCCCUCUUGUUCUGGGCUUGAUUUUGGGACUGAUUAUUGUGAUAACUCUGGGGGUCUACCACGUCCAUCUCAAAAUGACUGCGACUAGUCAAGUUCCAAUUCCACGCGAUAGAUCGGAGUAUAAGCACAUGGGUUAGCUGGUCUGGAGACAGUCAGGUAAUUGAAGCAAAAGCACCUUCCCCCCAGUAGGUCAGGGGCCCACAUUAUGGAACGA